AUGGAUGGGGACAAUCAGACAAUGGUCACAGAAUUCCUCCUCCUGGGACUCUCUGGACAAUCAGACAAAGAAGAGAUUGUGUUUGGGAUGUUCCUGUGGAUGUACUUAGUCACCAUCUCUGGGAACCUUCUUAUCAUGCUGGCCAUCAGCUGUGACCCUCAUCUCCACAUACCCAUGUACUUCUUCUUGGCCAACCUCUCCAGUGUAGACAUUAGUGCUCCAUCUGUCACUGUUCCCAAGGCACUGGUGAAUCAUGUGUUGGGAAGUAAGUCCAUCUCUUACACAGAGUGUAUGACCCAGAUCUAUUUCUUCAUAGCGUUUAGCAACAUGGAUGGCUUCCUCCUGAGUGUGAUGGCCUAUGACCGCUACGUGGCCAUUUGUCACCCUCUCCACUACACCCUGAUGAUGAGGCCCAGACUCUGUGUCCUCCUGGUGGCCAUAUCCUGGGUCAUCACCAACCUGCACGCUCUCUUGCACACUCUCCUCAUGGUUCGUCUCACCUUCUGUUCCCGCAAUGCUGUACAGCAUUUCUUCUGUGACCCCUACCCGAUUCUGAAGCUCUCGUGUUCUGACACCUUCGUCAAUGACCUGAUGGUCUUUACCGUUGGUGGGCUGGUAUUUCUGACCCCAUUUACAUGCAUUGUUGUUUCCUAUGCCUACAUCUUCUCUAAGGUUCUGAAGUUAAAAUCUGCCCAUGGAAUAAGGAAAGCCCUGUCCACUUGUGGGUCUCACCUCACUGUGGUCUCUCUCUUCUAUGGGUCAAUCCUGGGCAUCUAUAUGCACCCUUCAUCCACCUACACAGUACAGGACACAGUGGCCACUGUUAUCUUCACAGUGGUGACACCCAUGGUCAAUCCCUUCAUCUAUAGCCUGAGAAAUCAUGACAUCAAAGGAGCCCUGAGGAAGAUAAUGCUUAGAUCUUAG